AUGAAAAUCGUUCGUACCUCAUCGUUCCUCGCAACAUUCUUCGGCCUCCAACAAACAACUUCCGCGGAGCUCUCGUCUAGCAACACGACCUUCAAUCCCCUCCAAGGCAUCCAACAGUUUCCAAUAUCGUCUUACAGCGGCAACAUGACACGCCUCGCACCUGUCAUCUCGCUCUCGCACGGCGGAGGUCCUAUGCCUUUGCUCGGAGACCCAUCGCACGCCGCCAUCACCAAGUCGCUCAAGACAAAGGUGCCCAAGAUACUCAAGCUGGGAACAUCUGAAGCCCCAAAAGCUAUCGUUCUGGUGACUGCGCAUUGGAGUACAAGCAAGGUCACUGUCUCCAGCGGCUCCAAGCAUGAGCUGUUGUACGACUACUACGGCUUCCCACCAGAGUCGUACAAGAUAAAGCAUGAUGCGCCAGGAAGUCCUGAGGUCGCUGAACAGGUGGCGCGAGCCCUGAAGGAAGCCGGUAUUGAAUGUGAGAAAGAUGCCAAAAGACCAUGGGACCACGGCGUCUUCGUUCCCAUGAAACUCAUUGACCCUUCGGCCACCACUCCCAUAAUCCAACUCUCAGUCCUCUCUUCCGAAUCCCCCACACAGUCCUAUGCCAUCGGUCGCGCUCUCUCCACCCUCCGCGCCCAGAACAUCGCCAUCAUCGGGAGCGGCUUCGCUACCUUUCACAACCUACGUCUCAUGUUUGAUGGCACAUCGCAAAACCCUGAGUUCAAGGCUCUGAACAAGGAGUGGAGUAAGGCUGUUACCGAUGCUGCCAUGACAGGGAGCGACCAGGAGAGGGAAACCAAGUUUGAGCAUUGGAGGAAGUGGCCGGGGGCUUACACCAUGCAUCCUAGAGGUGGCGCAGAACAUUUCUUGCCAUUGGUAGUUUGCGCGGGUGCGGCUGGGAAGACAAAGGGCAGGAGUUAUGCCGAUGAUUUUACGGGAACGGAUAUGUGGAGUUACUACUGGGAGGAAGGGCAUUCGCUGGGCUGGCUGUAA